AUUUACUCUUUUUUUUCUUCUUUUUUUCUUUUUAUUUUUUAUUUUUUAUUUUUUUUUCUAAAGUAUAAUGUUUAGAUUAGAAGGUCCAGUUUUAACUUAACUCUUACGCCUCGCAUCACAACGGUAACAAAAUGCAAGUUCAAAUGAGACGAGUCGCUAACAGAUAGUGAAUCAGACGAGUCGCUAACUCUUAUCUCUUUGUUCGAUUUCUCUCUCUUCUUCUUGGCGAACUUCAAGGACGACAAUUAAGGGAAUAGCGAUCCAAACCCCAUAAACAAAUAAACCCAGCCCAGUGAAAUUACCAAACACGGCUAACAAAACAAACCCUAGUAAUUGAACUAUUUGCGUACAAAUAAAGCCAACAAGAAAGGUACCCAAUUGUCAACAAGAAAGCUCCUGAGGAUAUUUUUGUCUUCUCGCCUAAGAAAACCCCACACACGACCACGCGACCUUCCUCUCUCUCACCUUCACAGUACGCGCCGAGUAACCGACAACGAACCGACUUCUCAGAAAUCAACCACGGAUCCAUCAUCUUUUUCAAAUUCGAAUGAAUAAACUUGUAUAAACAAGAAGAUGGACAUAAAAGCAUACCAUUCGGUGAAGUUCAGUGGCCAGAUACCAAACAGAUAUAUCAAGGAAAACAUAGUUCGGCGGGAAAUAUGUGAUGCCUGGCAAGUACCUUGCUUUCCAGCUUCCUCAUAUUCACCCAUAAGGAGGACCAUCAAUGCUUGUGAACCAAAUAAUGGUCUUAAAAGGUCUUUGUCUGAUGGAGAUCUUAGUGACACCAACUCUGUCAUUACAGAAGAUUUUCUGCCUCCUUCAAAAUAUCUGAAGACGGAAGAUUCCUUUGAAAGUGGAGUUUAUCAUGCAGUUGAUCCUGCAAAGAAGUCAGAGGAACCAAAUAUACCCAUUGUGCCCUUUGCUGAUUUUUUCACCGCAGAGCAAAUAAAGGAGCAUAUCUCCAGUCUUAGGCAGUGGAAUAAUCAGAGUAUCAUGAAGGAAGCAUCAGAAAAUACAAUCGCACAUUCUGUUGGUGAAGGCUCGUGCCAGUUGUGUGCCAUGGGAAAACUUGUGUUCGCUCCGGCACCCAAGUAUUGCUCAACUUGCGGAACUCGUAUAAAACCCAGUUUGUUUUAUUAUCACGGGCUGGAUGAAAAGGGUGCACAUCAUUGCAUUUGUCCCUCAUGCUUUAGGGCGUCUCGUGGUGCUACCAUCUCAUUCCAAGGGGUUUCCAUUUCCAAAGCAAAUCUGUACAAGGCUUGUAAUAAUGAGAAAAAUGAAGAAUCGUGGGUUCAAUGUAAUAAAUGUGAACAAUGGCAACACCAGAUAUGUGGUCUCUACAAUAAGAAACAAGAUUCGGAAGGAAAAGCAGAGUACAUUUGUCUAAAAUGCUGUUUAGAAGAAAUAGAAAUUGGACAGCAGAAGCCUUUAUCAAAGACUGCAGCAUUUGGAGCAAAAAAUCUGCGAAAGACUAGGCUUGGUGAUCACAUUGAACAAAGGCUCUUUAGGCGUCUCAAGCAAGAGAGAGAAGAGAGGGCAAAGGCUUUAGGAAAGAACUUUGAUGAGGUACCUGAAGCAGCUGAUCUCGUUGUCAGAGUGGUGUUAUCUGUCAAAAAACAAUUGAAAGUGAAACAGCAAUUUUUAGAUAUCUUCCAAGACGAGAAGUAUCCUGCAGAAUUCCCAUACAGAUCAAAGGUGAUUCUUUUGUUUCAGAAAAUUCAAGGUGUAGAUGUAUGCCUUUUCGUAAUGUAUGUUCAAGAGUUUGGUUCAGAAUGCUGUCCACCAAAUCAACGUUGUGUUUAUAUAUCGUAUCUUGAUUCUGUCAAGUACUUCAUACCAGAGAUAUAUACUGUUAGUGGAGAUGCUCUUCGUACCUUCGUUUACUGUGAAAUUUUGAUGGGAUACCUAGAGUAUUGCAAGAAACGAGGAUUUUCAACCUGCUAUAUAUGGGCCUGCCCACCUUUAAAAGGAGAAGAUUAUAUUUUAUAUUGCCAUCCAGAGACACAGAGAACACCAAAACCUGAUAAGCUGCGGCGGUGGUACAAGUCAAUGCUAAAAAAAGCAGCCAAUGAGAACAUUGUGGUGGAUACCAGUAAUUUAUAUGAUGAAUUCUUUAUUUCUACUGGACAAAGCCGAACCAAGAUAACUGCAGCUCGUUUACCAUAUUUUGAUGGUCACUAUUGGUCAACUGCUGCUGAAAAUGUGAUUAGAAGAAAUAUUGAGGAAGAAAGUGGAGGAGAUUUACAAAGGAAGGUGAAAAAACUAACGACAAAGAGAAAUUUAAAAGCCAUGGGGCAUACCUCCAAUCCUUCUGGUGAUGCAGUGAAAGAUAUUCUACUGAUGCAUAAACUGGGGCAAACCAUCUUACCCUUGAAGGAAGACUUUAUAAUGGUCUACUUGCAAUACACUUGCACAUGCUGCCGUGAAGUGAUACUAACUGGAAGCAGAUGGAUUUGCAAUCAAUGCAAAAAACUUCAGCUAUGUGAAAGAUGCUAUGCUGUCAAGCAAAAUGUCAAUGAGGAUGGAACGCACACUUCCCAGAGCGGGAGAAGACACUUGCUCUCUCAGGUGGCGGUGGAUGAUGUGUCUGCUGAUACUGAGGACAAUGACUUGUCUUUCGAUAAUGAUUUCUUUGAGAUUAGGCAUACAUUCUUAAACUUCUGUCAGGAGAACAAUUAUCAGUUUGAUACACUUCGUCAUGCCAAGUAUUCUUCACUGAUGAUCCUGUAUCAUCUCCGAAAUCUGAUUGCACCAAGUUCUGGGAACUGCAGCAUUUGCCAUAAGGAUAUUAUGGUAAACCAGGGCUGGCAUUGUGAGACAUGUCCAGAGUUUGAUAUUUGUGCUGCAUGCUAUCAAAAAAAAAAUGGUGAUUGUCGUGUUCAUCAUAAGUUAACUAGGCGUUCUGCUGCUGCUAAUUAUGAGUCAAACAGUAACCAGGCUCAGCCUCAGCAAGUAAAGUUGAGUAAAUUAGUGGAUGCUCUACCACAUGCCAUUCAAUGCCGUGCAACCCAAAGCAAUCCAUGUUCCUACCCGAUGUGCCUUCAAAUCAAAAGAUUCUUUAUUCAUGCACUUCAAUGCAGUCUUUCUUUGGAUGGUGGGCAUUGUAAACUAUGCGAUUCAACCAGCAUGAUACUGAAGUCCCACUCAAAAAUUUGUAAUGAUUCAGAUUGCAUAAUAUGCAGGGCUGCGAAGAGUAGGUUAGAAAAGGCUUAAUUUCAGUCUAGAACUCGGUGAAGGGCUGCUGCUACGGGUUAGGAAGCACCAGAGGUUGCUGGAAACAGUUGAUUGUCCGAGUGUAUAGUAAUAGAUGGAUCAUCAACGACAGCACCCGAGGUUGCUGGAAACAGUUGAUUGUCCGAGUGUAAAGUUAUAGAUGGAUCAUCAACAACAGCAGCCACUUAUACUGAUCAAUACCAUUCAAAGUAGUAGUAUUUGAAUAUACUGACUUGUUACUUUUGAUGGUUGUAUAGAUUACUUCACUGCACUGUGCAGUGAGUUCAUUCAAACUGAGUCAUUUGUAACUCCAGAAUAGUUAUCAUGUGAAUAAAAGGAUGCUAUUCAUGAAUAAAAAUAUCCGCUGAUCGAUUUUUACCUUCAA